CUGCCUGCUGCGACGGUUCCCUUCCAGGCGGGGCAGGAGAGGUCUGGUGGAGGCGGAGCCAGACCGGGUAGACCAGUGAAGCACAUUCCUUUCCAACCUGAAGGCUUUUUCUCAGGAACACAGAUAUCUCCUGUGCUCUGAUACGCAGGGAGUGAAGAAAAACGGCUUCUUCAGGAGUGUAACCUGCAGUCACUUUGAUUCAGGUCUCUAUGCGGUAGGAGAAGAGAAAGGGAACCUUCCAGAACAAGUCUGAAUUUUAAAAACUUUUUCCUUAGAAUUGAGAAUUUGUUGCUCCUGGAUUCCCUGAGAGAUUAUUCCGUAACUUGCUUCCUGCUUUGACUUCACAGUGCGCAUAAUUGGAAUUUUACUCGACUCUACAACACUGGAUGUUCUGGAACACUUGAGAUUGUGUCUGUGACCAUUAAGGUGACCUAGAGGAUAGAAUGUUUAUAAAAGAUAGAGAAAGUUUUUUACAGGCAUCAUAGCAGGGUUUUGUGUUGCCAAACAGGAUUAUAGGAUAGCAGGAGUUAUAACUGGAGCCCUCCUGGAGUGGGUAAGAGGAGCAAGAGGAUUUGCCCACACAAAGGCCUUUUGUUCACUGGAAACAGUUGAAGUGGAACACGGCUAGGCAGGUUGAAGUGCUGGUGGUGUUCAGAUGAGCCUUUUGUGACACUCUGAAUGGACACCCUGGGCUGGGGUAGCCUCUCUAGCUGGUUGGCUGGCUAGGAGUUAACUGGCCUAAGUACAUGUUACAUUACAGUUAAGGAUUUGCUGAAAAUGGACAGUGUAAGUAAUAGCUCUGACGGUCAGGGGAAGCAGCAGUCUAGUUCAUUUCGCAAUGCGAUCUCCAUUAUGUUUACACAUGGGGAUAAACCUGAACCUCAAAAGCUGAUUGGAGAGACUGCAGUGCUGACCUCUUUCAGGACUCUGCCUGAGGAAGAUGAUUAUCUCACAGUGGUGGUGGAUCAAAGUGAUGUUUUCAGUUAUGACAGACUUAGAGCUGAGGGAGAUGUGAGAGGUAGGGUACUCCAUAAUGGAGAGGCCACAAUCCUUGAUACUGAGGACAAGACUGAAUCAUGGGGAAAUGAGUCCAGUAGAAAGAAGAGCUCUGUUACCUCUCCUUACAACUAUGACAAUAUGUCCACUGCUGACCCAGAUCUGGUUCAGGUCACCAAGGUGGAGAUCUGCAGUGAUACAGAGAUUGAGGACGAGGAGGGGAGCAGCAGCCUCAGCCAAUCAGACAAGCGUGCAGCGUCUGAAAUGCCCCUCCCACCCGAUGAUGAUCACUGUAUAGUGGCCGUGAGCGAUGAUAAGAGGGGUCGGUUAUUGCAUGCUAGCGCUGUAAGAGGUGCCUCUGAGACAGACUUAAAGCACCCUGUGUUCAAACAGCACAGUCUUUUAGAGAGAUCCCUGAAAGACACCUCUGUUCUGUUCUCAGCGAGGUUGAUGGGUAGAUCUGACAGUGGGACAGAUCUUGGACCCAUCUCCUCUGUCUCCAAACAACAAGUGCCUGGAAAUGGCUGCAGCACAGGCAUGUCCACUGAUCCCAGGCCUGGUGAGGUUUGUGUGGAUACAGUUGCCAUGGGCACCAAGGGGUCCAGCCAUCGUCACCACAAAAUAGCCAAACAGUUCAGCUGGAGCCAGGAGGUUUUAGGACUUACUGACGUGUGUGCUGGAGACAACUCCGCAGUGGCUUCACCUUUUAAACUUUCUCACACAUCCAAUCCUCUGACAUCGAUGGCAGACAACCCAAUGUUGCCAUCAGGAAAGCCAGAGGAACAAGAGCCUCAACGGAGGAAGGACGUAUCGGGGGGAAACACUGAAACUGAGGAGCAUCAAGAGCAUGUACCCUGUCUAGACUCUACCUCCACCCUCUGUCAGUCAAGGCCUCCAGCAGCAGAGUCACCUUCCCCCAGCCUAGUAAAGGGGCCUGAAUGUGAAAUGAUAAAAGGUGUGUUUGGGAUUAUCCCGGUCGUGGAACAUGCUUCUAGACAGUCCACUGCUGACAAUCCGCCAAGUGCCAUUCCUGUCUCUGACUCUCUCAAGGGCCAUGGUGACAAGGCUACCUCCAGGAGGCAUGAUGCAGACAUGCCCAGCUCAGCUCCCUCCAGGGCCACAGCCUCCUCCCAGGCCCCCUCCUUCCAGCUGCCUGCCCUGUUUAGCGGGCUGCGAGUUCUAAAGAAAGGGGCUGUGGGGGAUGAAAGGGAAACGGUGUCCGAGAUCAAACAGAGAGACACUGACCUGGCCCUACUGAGCCUGAAAAAGACUGUCGACAAAGCCAAGAACUUCCCUGAGCAGAUCAACUCCAGUAGCAGUGCCCCCAAGAAACGAUCUGAGCCCAAGCCCAUGUCUGAAGCCAAGAGGGAGUUCCAACCGCAGCUAAAACAGCUGCUUAGCAUUGAUGAGACCAAGGCCGAGGACCAGCCGGAGACACCACUGGAGCUCAGAGACAGGGAGCCUGAAGGGGGGGAGGUGGUGGCAGCAGACAGGGGUCCAGAGCACAUCCCCACCACACCACUAGCAGACAGCAGGAAAGUCUCAGACGCUGUCACUGACAGCUUGAAAAGCUCCAAACCUGAUAAAUGGGAUAGAGCAGAGUCAGUGGAUUUAGAGGCUGUCAAGAAAAAAAUCAAAAGUGAGAAGGAUCUGCUGAAAUCCAUCUUUGGGAGAGCCUCCAAGUCUCUCAGCGCUGAGCCAAAAAGUCCAGCAGAGUCUAGAUCUGAGUCCAUCUCCCCUGCAGACAGUGAGGACCGGACCCCUGGGCGGCUUCAGGCUAUCUGGCCUCCACCCAAGCCCAAGGAUGAGGAGGAAAAGGUGGGGCUCAGGUAUACUGAGGCAGAGCACCAGGCUGCCCUCUUGCAGCUGAAGAGAGAAAGCAAAGAGGAGGUGGAGAAAAUAAAUAAAGACUUUGAGCUUCAGAUCUUCCAGGUACGAGGGGAACAUGCCGUAUCCGUGGCCCGUCUGGAGGAAGUCAUCAGCCAGAUGCAGAGAGAUCGUCACUGGGCCUGCAGCCUGGGCCAUGGGAGGGGGGAGCUCCGUGAGGCCUGCGUGUCUACCGAGGAUGACCUGCCCCACAAAACCUUCCGGAACGUCUGUAUACAGACAGAUAGGGAGACUUUCCUCAAGACACCUGAGGGGGAGGCCAACCUGUCUAGUGUCAGCCCCAGUCAGACCGUGCCUAAGAAACUCAACCUGAGUCUGCACGGGGGAAGCUCAGGACUGCCCGGCCCUCCUCCUCCGCCUCCCCCCCCUCCCCUUCCUGGUCAAACAGCACCUCCACCUCUCCCGUUACCUGACAACAUGGGUCCACCGCCUCCACCCCCCCUCCCAGGUUUUGGUCCACCCCCUCCACCUCCCCCUCCUCCAGGGUUACCCGGAGCUGGGCCUCCUCCCCCACCUCCUCCCCCACCACCCGGUUGCGGUCCUCCCCCUCCACCUGCGUGCGGUCCACCUCCUCCCCCUGGGUGUGGCCCACCUCCUCCCCCGGGGUGCGGCCCACCUCCUCCCCCUGGAGGGGGUUUUGGGUUCGGCCAGGUAGCAGAGAAGGCCCCAAGGAAGCCUGCUUUGGAGCCUGCCACUCCCAUGAAGCCUUUAUACUGGACCAGGAUCCAGAUCCAGGACAAUAAUAACAAUACACUGUGGGGUUCUCUGGAGGAGCCAGACAUUGUAGACACCAAGGAGUUUGAGGACCUGUUCUCCAAGGCCACCUUCCUGCCAAAAAAGAAGCCCCUCUCAGACACCUAUGAGAAGAAGGCCAAGACUAAGAAGAUUAUCAAACUUCUGGAUGGAAAACGCUCUCAAGCAGUUGGCAUCCUCAUCUCAAGUCUGCAUCUUGAAAUGAAGGACAUUCAGCAUGCUGUUUUGACAGUGGAUAACUCUGUGGUGGAUUUGGAGACCAUUGAAGCUUUAUAUGAAAAUAGGGCUACAAGUGAUGAGCUGGAGAAGAUUAAGAAACACUAUGAGACAUCCAAGGAGGACCAGGUCAAGCUACUGGACAAGCCUGAGCAGUUCUUGUAUGAACUCUCGCAGAUUCCAGACUUCUCAGACCGGGCCCACUGCAUAAUAUUCCAGUCUGUCUUCGUCGACUGCAUAUGUUCCAUUCAGCACAAAAUAGAAAUUGUCACCACCGUGAGCAAAAAUCUUCUGGACUGUAGCAGUGUGAAGGAUGUGAUGGGGCUGGUCCUAGCCUUUGGGAACUACAUGAAUGGAGGCAACAGGACGCGGGGUCAGGCUGAUGGCUUCGGCCUGGAGAUCCUGCCCAAACUAAAGGACGUUAAGAGCAGGGACAAUCGCAUCAGUCUGGUGGAUUACGUAGUCGGAUACUAUCUGCGUAAUUUUGAUGAGCACGCAGGAACAGACAGAAGUAUAUUCCCACUGCCUGAGCCACAGGAUUUUUUCUUGGCAGCUCAGGUCAAAUUUGAAGACCUCACAAAGGACAUGAGGAAGUUGAAGAGGGACUUGACAGCGUGUGAAAAGGACGUGCUGAAGGUGUGCGAAAACUCCUCAGUGGAGAACUUGCAGCCCUUUAAGGAUAAAAUGGAGGCCUUCAUCUCAACCGCUCAGAAAGACCACAGUGCUGAAGAAGAACGUCUCAAAGCCGCAGGAAAACGAUUCCAGGACAUGGUAGGCUACUUCGGACUCAAACCAAAGUCUGGUGAGAAGGAGGUGGCGCCCGGGUAUGUCUUCAUGCUCUGGUAUGAGUUCUGCAGCGACUUCAAGAACACAUGGAAGCGGGAGAGUAAAAACAUAUCCAAGGAGAGGCUAAAAGAAGCCCAGGAGAACAUCAAAAAGAUCACAGCCGAGAAGAGAGUGGAAACAAAGAAGAUCAAUGCCAACAGUUUGAAAGAAAGACUGCGUCAGAAGGAAGCUAGUGUUUCCUCCAGCUGAAGAAGAUGAUCAAUGUAGAAUCGACUGGACAGACAGAUAGUGGAGAAAGGAGAUGACAGAUGGGGAAUGCCUGCUGGCUUCAUCACUUCUCACCUCCGUCACCUGCCUCUUAUCCAACAUCAUACCUCAUAAAACCCUCGGUGUCCGUAAAUGCUCUACCACAGCCCUAUUCAAUUGGUGAUACUGACUGGACCACCUCCACUACUUUCCAUGACCUCUCUUCCAUCUUAGCCUCUACCCCCAGACGAAAGGCAGCUCAUCUGGGCCUCCAUCACUGUGUAUGCGUAAGGCCACCAUCCAGACCAACACUUACACCACAGGGACCUGUCCGCCUGCCACCCUGCUGUUCAUAUGCAGGCUGCUGAGUCUACACAAAAGGUCUAUGGCUGCCUAAAGAGUUGACAUGAUGAAAGUCAGGGAGGCCAAAGGUCAUCCUCAUUCAUCUAAACUGGUGUAACCUUUGAAUUGUCAGCCUGUAGAGCCCGCUGUGAGGGAUGUUGCAGGUCAGGACAAUAAGCACUCCAGCUGACGUUGCUACCCAGAUGACCUCUAACCUGUGGAGCUAAGGACUUCCAUUGGUUCCUCAGACUAGGUUUCUGUCAAGAUAGCGUCAUACGGCCUGAUUACAUACUGUAUAAUCCAAUAUGUUGUAGCCAGGUUGUGCAAAUCAACAGCCAUGACAAUUGGAAGACAUUCAACAGUUGUCAAUGAUUCCGGAAUAUAAAAGGGUUAUACAAAACUUGAAAAAAUAGCUUUUCAUCUGAUGUGGCCCGUACAUUUUAUGUGUCUUGUACAUGCAUUUGAAAUUGCGUUUGUUUCCAAAUAAGGACUGAAUUGGUUGAUCCCAUGUGAUGUGAUGGGUAGAACUGGUAGCCUUCAUUGGACUGAGAGUGCUGUUGAAGGUGAAACUAAUUGAGUCUCAUUCAUAAGUUAGAAACUGGAUAUCAUACCAAUGUUGACUUUCUCACUGCACCAGACUGACCCCUCCUGGAUAAGAGCCAGAGAACCCCAGACCUUGACAACAAUGCCUUGCUCUCUACCCGAGUACAAUAUCACAUUCUGAGAUUAACAAACAACACAAUAUACACUAUGAUGAGGAAAUCAACAGGUCUUUUGGGUGUGGCUGCCCUACCACGUUUUUUAAAGUGUCUAUGCUACAACUGUUAGUUGGUCUUGUGAAUGAACAUUGUUUGUGACAUAUGUAUGUCAUUACCCUAAGCACUUUCCUGCUUGCAUCAGCUUUAUCUAGUAGGUGAAUGUCACAUCCCCUGUUUAUGUCCGAAUAGUCCUUAAUCAAAUGUAUUGCACUUUUUUGCACCUCGUUUGAACUCCUAUGCAAUUCCAAGGUUACUGUGUUAUGAUAAACAUUUGUGAAUUGCAUUGUCCAUAUAGAGAUUUUAGAGAGAACUAUAGUAUAUUUAUUUAACUAAAUAUUUUUUAUUUUAACUCUUUAAAGAUGUAAGCUUUGUCCUGGAAGCUGUCAAUGAUAGCGUAAAACCUCUAUAGUACAUUAACAUGAACGAUUUACGGUUUGCAAAAAUUGCAUCGUUUUGUCUUUGAAGCUGUAUUUUUGUAUAUGAUUUCAUUCCUGCCCUAUCAAGUUGCGCAGGAUUAAUUAAUGGCCAGUAGUGGAUUUGACCAUGUUAUAUGGGGCCUUAUUAAUUUAAACCCAACGUUUGUGUUUUUACCUGACUUAAAUUGAGACAGAGAGUACAUUGGCUAAAUAUAUUGCCUUUAGUUUAAUUUCAUUAAAAAAAAAAAAUGUUUUAAGUACAAAGCCAUAGGCCCUCUUGCUGUCUGAACCUGUCCAAAUAGCACUGUCACUGAAUGUGCCAUUUUUUUAUAUGAAGACAUUACAUAUUGCAAAUUUUACGUUUCAAAUUCAAAUAUGUUGGCGGUGGAAUUUGAUUAAGGCCAAUGUCUAUAAUAUACAGUAUAGUUAUGUUGGUUCAUAGUUACAUGUCUAAGCUUAGUUAGGUGUUAAGUCAUCACAAUGAAUUGGCGUUAGUUCAAAGUAACAGACUGCAAACAAUGCGGUCUCCAAAGUUGUAUCUGGAGUUGAUAGAUAAGGGAGUUUGAAAGGUUGUUAAACCCUCUUUUUUUACAGUUUAAACAAUCCUUAAUAAUAUUUAGGCUCAAUAAUGAUGCAGAAGCCGAAUAAAGAAUUUAAGCUGAGAAUGUGUUUAUUACGAUGAGUCGAUUAUAGCCCAAUUGUUUCAUGCGAAUGGUUUAUAAAAUGAUACCUGUCCAUCUCAAAAUGCACUUUUUAUUCUAAUGUAAGAAAGUAUGCAUAAAUUGGUAGAUAUUUAUAGAUACAGGCAAUUUCUAAUGCUCAUGGCUUGUGCAACUUGGCUGCACCCUUAUCAACACCCAAUUAUGUAGUGAAGGCAUAGCAUAGUCAAACUGAAGAAAAGGAUCCCAUGUUAUAAGAGCCAAAUUGGCAUUUGCUAAUUGAGUUCGAUAAGAUUAAAUCAGGCAACCCUGUUCCGUACUGAUCAACGUGUAUCGAAUGGCUAUUUUUUUAUGUACUGUAUGCAUUUUUAUUGUAAAAAAGAAUUUGAGAGACAGGUUUGCACGCUGAGAGAGGUACCAUUAGAAAAUCUGAUAACAUUGUUUGUACUUGGGUAUUGAAAAAUAUUUGUCUGACAUGUAUGCCAAAUCGAUGUUAUACUCUAUCCACGUUCUUCGUACA